UCACCAGGUCCCGGACAGAGAUUCCCCACCGGCACCCAGCUAUUGCCGAGGAACAAUGACAGGGGAGAGGUCUGUAUCAUGCUGCUUUGUAUUGCUCUGCACAGCAGAGCAAUACAAAGCAGCAUGCUUGCACAGUAAAACACACACAGCACAGUUUAUAAAACAUCACACAGUUAAGCCUUUGAUCGCCCCAUACGUUAACCCUGUCCUGCCCAGUGUCAUUAGUACAGUGUCAGUGCUUUUUAUUAGCACUGAUCACUGUAUUAGUGUCACUGGGGAUAUCAGUGGCAGUUAGUUCCCCCCCAGUGUCAGAAUGCCCGCCGCAGUCCCGCUAUAA